UCCAUCCGUGGAUUGAAAUAUAAUCUAACGGUCAGAAAUCAAGAAACGAAAUUUGAAUUUCAAAAAAUAUAUAUAAAAAAGGCAACAACAGAAGAGUGUUCGACUUAUAUAGUAAGCACAAGACAAGACAACACCUGAAACUCUUGCAGCUACUGGUUUGUUUCAAUGGGAGGACUAAGGAGAAAGAUUUCGAUGGAGAGAAUAGAGAAGAAGGAGAAGAGAUCGUUGGCUUUCACCAAACGGCGCGACGGUCUUUACCGCAAAGCUUCGGAGCUUUGUCUCCUCUUCGAUGCCCGCAUCGCCAUUUUAGCCACUCCUCCCACCUCCAAUUCCAACGUCUCCUUCUACUCCUUCGGCCAUUCCUCCGUCUCCGACGUUGUCGACGCUUUCCUCGAGAACCGUAGGCCCUCCGAUUCGAACGAUUGUCUCUCGGAACUCUCCGGUUGCGGGAUGAGGAGUGGAGGUCGAGGUCUAGGGUUUUGGUGGGAGGAAGAGGGCUUCGACAUGUCGGAGAACAUGGAGGAUCUGAAGGAUGCGAUUGAUGAGAUUCAGAAACUGAAGAACGAUGUGGAUCUGAGAUUGAAGGCGAUGAAAGAUCGACAAGAUUCUUGCAACGACGCUUUAAGAGAGAUCGAAGCCUUUCUAGACGAACCAGAGCAAGAAUCGGAUCAAAGUCCUUUUCUUGCAAAAGAUAUUCAAGAUUUCUGGGUCCAAUGUUUCAGCAACAAUGACGCAGAUGACGCAGAAGACGUUUUCAGUAACCUCGGUGUCUCGCCAAGCCAGAGGGAGAAAACCUCGGAAGAUAACGACGUUAUUCUGAUAUCAGACUCAGAGGAUGAAUCUGCGAAAGGCGACGUUAUUCUGAUAUCAGACUCGGAGGAUGAAUCUGCGAAAGAUGACGUUUUCCGUAACGAAAACUGGAGAAACGAAGCAGGAGCAGCGAUAGAAUCCGGUACGGGAUGCAAGAACAGAGUAGAAGAUCCUCAUUUGGAUGAUCUUCUGAUAGAUUUGAUCUAUUGACGCGGCUUAGAAUCUUCCAGGAUGAAUAAAAUUUCGAGAUAUAAAGUAAUUUUUUCCCUGAUCGAUAUUCUUUCUCUUUUGUAAAUGGUACACGAACAUGAGGGAAUGAAUGUAUUUUCGCAAUAUCUAACCGAACAUACACAGUUCGUUUACAGUUCUAACUGAAUGACAAAGAUCUCAUUGGAUAUCUUCACUGAAAAGUACAAUGGAGUUCAAGAACAGUUCCGAUGUCUGGAUAUGGGAUUUUUCAUGAACUCAAACAAUGGCUUCUUCCACACGCCGCCGAUUCUCGGUUCGCAAAUCACGGUAACUGUCACCGUCGAAAACAUUCAGAAUCUCACAUUCAUCUCAAAGAAAAUCACGGAUGAAGACACGGAUUGCGGAAAGAGGAACCUCGGUGUCGAACCAAGCUGAAACAAAUGCUGGUGAGGAACAAUUUUCAGACAAAAACAUGAACUCCGGAGUUGAAGGACUUCAAGAUGUAUCAACGGGACAUCUCGGAUCCGAACAAGACAUGGACUUUACCCCAUCUGAACCUGCUAGAAUCUCUGACAGCAGUUUCUGGAUGUCUUAAAGACGAGAUGCCGUCCAAUGGAUUAUGGAUUUGCGGGCAUAGACUGCGAUAACUUCGAAUGGAGGCAACGGGUCCAUAGCAAGUUUAUCAAAGUACUCGUGAGAUUUGUAUAUGUGCUGAGCAAUUUCUUCAUACUCAGUGUUCUAAUGAACAAUGUUUUUUCGUUCAAAUAAAUCUCCAUACUUCCACACAUACACUCAUAAUCAUAGAA